AUGACAACGCCGAUGAGUGCUCCUCACUCAGAAAGUUUCACUGAACCAGACGCUAUUGUAGUUAUGCCUGAAUCCGAUGGCUUUAUUAUUAGUAUUUCAAACGCCCUAUCUCCUGGCGCCGUACUUUCACUGCCCUCUACCCUCGUCGUAGAUUCAGGAACUAUGGCCACUUUCUCAGAACCACAAUACGUCGGCACAGCUAGACCCUCGGCACAGACUAGGAUAGCUGAGCCUUCAAGAACGAAAAAUACAUCCAACACCAUGGGGAAUUCAUUUACAGCUCAUAAAGUUGUUAUUAUUGGCAUUGCAGUUAGCCUUGGAUUGGCGUGCGCUUUCUCUUUGUUUACUGGGGCGGUUAAAUACCGGAACAAAAAACAGGCAAGCAGUAAAGUUGACUCGGCUAGGAAGACCAGAGAUUCUUUGGAGAUUCGUUGUAUAGGAAUAAACCAUAAUGUACUAACAGAAAUUUCACCUGCUAGCCUAUCAAAAACAGGAGUGACUGAAACCAAAGAGCCGCUACAGACAGCCCAAAUAAAUAAAUAG